AUACGACCCCAACAGCCGGUAUCACUGCCUUUCUCUGCACCUCAAGCGCCGUCUCCAACACAACCGCAACCGUCGCCGUUAUCUAUGCAGAGAGCGGUUCCGUCACCCAUAAUGCAAUCGGUUCCGUCUCCGAUGACUCCGCAGCAGCCGUUCCAACAGGUCGUGACUACAAUGACUACACAGCCACAGUUCGUGACCACUGGACCCGCUUUGCCCACCAAUCAAAUGAAAGAGCAAAGGCGUCGCAUAUGGGCCGGCAUUAUCGAGUACCAGGAAAAGCCCGUACAGCCCGGACCCGUCAAUCCCGCCAAUCGGAUCACAUAUUCCCUUAACUGUCAGAUUUCGUGUCACGUCGUGAACGGAGAGCCGGAAAUAAACGCCGAGAAAUGGCCCGAAAAGUUGAUUCUCUCUCUUCUGCCAAAACAGCUAAUCAUGCGAUUGUUUCCUAUGCUUAAGAACGGCUCAUAUCAUAUUAGUCUACAUUUCUCUGGCGAUACGGAUCAAGGAUUGUCUAAACUGAGUAAAAUUAUGAGCACUAAUUGGGUCGGGUGCAUUCAAUUCACGGCUCUUAGCAUACGAAUGAUGAUCAUCUUGUAUAUGCCCGACAAGAGGAUGUAUAUGGGGUUUGUGCCGCACGACCAGGAGGAGUUCUUCAAAGCCAUGAGAGAGAUCAUUGAGACCCAUAAGAAGGAACAACAGGCCAAACAACAGCAGCAGAAAAUGACUAUCUGUUAUCAGUUGGUGAACACAGGGGGCGGACAAAUGCCAUUAAGUUUAGGUCCACAACAAGUGACCAUUACUGGCGGCCAAAUGCCGGUUCAGAUAUCGGUUCAAUCCUCACAACCGCCACCACUAUCGACGCCGAACAGUAUAUUCCAGCUGCAGCAGAUGUCCGGCGGAACUAUGCAACAGACAACUGCUCCCAACAUGACAUCCCUGCCGAUGAACACAAUGCCCACAGGUAUGCCCGGUUCGGCCCCAAUGACCGGUCAACAGCAGUCCCAACAACAGUCCCAACAGCAAAACGUACUGCUAAACCAAGCUCUGGGACCCGUACCUACGAAUCAGACACAAAACUCAUUCUUACCCAACAAUCUUCAAGCUUUGGUUCAAAACACUGGACCACAAAUGCCUUCCACACCACAGCAGACGCCAAAUAGUGCGGGUCCUCAACAGUUUGGUUUAAUGCAGACUCCAGUCCAACAGAUGGGCGGGUGUCGAGGUGUCUACGGAUUGUCACGCGGGGCAAAAAGUCGGCAACAGAGGCUCGCCGUCUUCUUAGACGACCGCUAA